CCCAGGGCAAGAAGAAGCCAAAGUCCCUCUCAUCCUCUAGGAUCUUCUCCCCAGAGACGCCUAAGUGGGUACAGCUGUUUCUGUUGUUGCUCUCGCAGCCAUGACUCUGCCCCACAGCCCUGGAAAUGUGGGGGAGCCCCGACCCCCCCAGGCCAUGGAGGUUCACCGGCUGGAACACCGCCAGGAGGAGGAGCACAAGGAGGAGCGGCAGCACAGCCUGCACAUGGGGUCCUCAGUGCGGAGGCGGACCUUCCGCAGCAGCGAGCAAGACUAUCAGUUCAGCGCCGCAGACUACGCCCUCGCAGCAGCCCUGGCCCUGACGGCCUCCUCCGAGACGUCUUGGGAGUCCCAGCUGAGGCGCCAGACCUCCGCCGUGGAGCUGGAGGAGCGGGGGCAGAAGCGAGUGGGCUUCGGCAACGACUUCGAGAGGACCGAGAUCGCCUUCCUGCGGACCCAGUGGCUACUGCGCCAGAGACGCGACCGGAAGGCGCUGAGGCGGCGGAUGGAGGAGAAGUUUCAGGAGGCCAAGGAGCUGAGGGAGCUGUGUUCCGGCCGGGGGCCCUGGUUCUGGAUCCCACUGCGCUCCCACGCCGUCUGGGAGCACACCACAGUGCUGCUGACCUGUACUGUCCAGGCUUCACCUCCGCCCCAGGUCACCUGGUAAGCCGCUGGGGCAGGAGAGAAGGGGUCCCCACCCUGCCUCCGGGCCCUGAGCCUCCAGGGUUAAAUGAGUGCGAGUUCUUUGCAGCCCAGCCCGUCCCCUUCUCCGAGCCUGCUUCCUCCCCCAGAAGUUCUCGCUGCCUUAGAAAAGCUGCAACCACACAGACCCUGAGCUCUGCCCACCCCCCAGAGAGAGCAGCAGCUGCUGCGAGGCUCGGCUGAGUUAUUCUUAGCCUCCUCCCCGCCAGCCUGGGGCAGGAAGACGGGGCCACUGGAGAGCCAGCACUUGUAAAAAUCCGA